CGCCCCCCCCCCCCAAUUUAAUCAAUUUCUCAAGGUGUUCUCUGCAAAGCUGAAGAUGGCGACAGACUGAAAAAAAGGGGAGCAGAAGGGGGAAAUCAGGAUGGUAGAGGAGCAAAUACACCCCUUUGCAUCAGAAACGGAAGAAAAAAUCAAAGAGAAACCCGCUUGUCCAAAGAUGACAGUUGUGCUAUUUCAUCUUUGCAAGUGCUCUGCGUUUCCCGAGAGCUGCUGAAGGGGUGAUAAGGAUGCUAAAGAGGAUUUUGCAACAUCCUGAAAUUAUGGGUGUAUAGGGAAGAUUUGGUCGGGCUUUUUUUUCCCUUUGCAAUGGAUCGUCCUGAAAAUUAGACGCAGAGGAGGGGGAAGAGGAUUGCUUUCUUUAUUUCAACACACGAACAAAAAAAGCUUCCCAUCACCAUGCUGCAAAGGAGGUAGGUGACAUUGUUUGGGGGAAAUUGGAGAGGAGAAAACCCAACUGGAGAUCGCUUUUGUCUCCCCCUAAAAUAUGAUCAGGGGUGCUUGGAUGUAUCGAAGGGAAGAUGAUGCCGUGUUAAAAAUCUGUUGUGCACCCAAACAAAACGACAAACCCUGUGCCGACUCCGAGAGGGCACAGAAAUGGCGAAUGUCUUUGGCAUCCCUCUUAUUUUUCACUGUCCUUCUCUCUGAUCACCUCUGGCUGUGUGCUGGAGCCAAGCUGAGGUCCAAGCAUAGGGGGCUCCGUACAACGUGGGGCAAUGCAACUGAUGUGGGUUAUCUACAAUUCGCAUCAAAUCCACCGUUUUCGUUGUUAAGGGAUCAACUAGUACUAAAUAAAAGGAGGUGUGAUAUUUUUCUAAGCAAUUCGACCAAAUCUGCUGCUCCUAGUCCUCGCUGCACUGAGGAUCAAGACCACCUAGAUCUGGAGUCAGCCUGCACCAAAUUGCAUUUGCAACAGCCAGGCUUCGGGUCCUCAUUAUCAGCAUCAUCAUCGCCAUCACCGUCAUCUACAGAGUUCUUGUUGUCUUAUUUUAGGAAUUUGAGCCUUUCCUUUUGUGAUUCGUAUUCCGUCUCAGACCUGCUGGUGGGUAUGGUUAGCCCAGACGGUUUGGAUUGCAGUCUUCAGAACAUGCUUCGGGAUUUAGGUAGAGGCGGGGGGGACGAUGGAGAUGUCUGCAGCAACUGCAUCCAGGCUUAUGUGAGGCUGGACCAGCACGCUCAGGAAAAAUACGAGGAGUUUGACUUCCUCUUUCUCAAAUAUUUACAAUCAGAGGAUUUUUCAGUGAGAUCAUGUAUAGGCGACUGUAAGGCAGUCUACAAAGCCUGGUUGUGUGCGGAGUAUUUCAAUGCCACCCAGAGCCAGUGCCAGAACAGAAUUCCCUGCAAGCAAUACUGUCUGGAAGUCCAGACCAGUUGUCCAUUUGUGUUACCAGACAAUGAUGACCUUAUCUAUGGUGGAUUAUCAAGUUUCAUCUGUACAGGGCUACUAGAAGACCAUUUAACUAAUGAAGAACCAGAAUGUUGUGAUGUCAGAUGGAGCUCCUGUGGUCCACCAUUAGACGGUGUCUACAACGCAUCUACCAAAUUCAUGGACUCCAGCAUGCAUCACCAUCGGACUUCUCUACCUGUAUCGGCAGCCUCGCGGCUGUGCAACAGCAGACUUAAACUGUGUGUGCUGGUCUUGAUCCUCCUGCACACCGUCGUCACUUUUUCUACAAUACAGAACAAUGGCGGAGUCAACUUGGAGGCUCUUACCACAAUGGAGGACAGCUCGACAAGAGAGGAGUGAAAUUCAACACCCUCCCCCCCCACCCCAGACAAAAACAAAAUUCAAACGAAAUGGAAAACAGGAAGUGUUUAUUUUCAAAAGGAGGCACGCGGUGUUCCUUAAUUUAAACAAAGGCAUGACAAAAAAAGAGAGAACACGGUCACAUGGAAACAAGAAGAACAGAAAUAGGUAAAUGCCUGUUUCUUCUCUGCACCUUGAUGACUAUUCUUUUCCAACAAGGUAAUAAGCAAUGUCAGGAGAUGGGUUUGAUGCACGUGGCCUUUUAUCAACUUCAUCAUGCUGUGUGGAGAUAACAGGUUGGAGCAGAGAUAGGGGGAUCAUUUUAUGUAUCAUUUUAUAUAUAUGAUAUCAUUUUAUGAUAAUAAUUACACCUAGAUAUUCUGGCAAUCAAACUGAACCCCUAAGUGGAUUUAAAGUGUAAUGACCGGUCAUAAGAAAUCAGUCAGAGUAGCAAUCCAAUACAGAAAAUGUUAGCAACACAAUGAAAUAUGGGCUUUUGUACACUCAAGAAUCACAUCCCUUUCCCUUCCAAAUGAAAAAUCUGAGACAGUGAAUGAUAAAACAGCUGCAAUCAUCCCUGGUGAGCAAAAGACUGUCUUAAACACAAAAACAAGGUAGUCGCUUUGACAGGCCACCUACAAACCGGUCAUAAAUUGUGGUCUCGUUUUCAAGUACUUGGGUGACAACUACGUUGUGGAAGUGAUUACACUUUCAAUAUGUACUUCUUUGUUGAAGCGGUGCUCUGCACAGCUAUACUGUGAUUACGACUACAGCGGAAGGGUCAUGUUGUGGAUUUAAUCACUUCCAUAAGUGGGGACUAACUGGGGUGCUUGAUCAGCAUGCAAAAAGCAACCGGCUGUAGGUUUAUUCCUCACGAAACUGUGGAGAGAGAUAAGGUUAGCAAAGCAGCUUCCAGGCCCUUGCUAACAAUACAAUGCUGUGAGGCAGUUACAGUUAAAACAACAUUAGAAAUCCAGUGUAGUAUAUGUAACUGUAUUUUCAAAGAUUGUCAAUGUAAUAAUUGUCAUCAUCCAGUAUCAGCUAAGCACCUACCUAAUAGUGAGAGACCAGGCAGACCAAGGUAGUUGCAUAGUAAAUACAUGUGUACUUACACAGAAUUCCAAUGUACUUAACAUGCAAUUGAUAUUGACCCCAUUUUUCUCCCAACUUGAAAUAGAAAAUGAUUAUUAUUUUAGGCUCAGCUCACCGCUACCACCCCCGUGCUGAUUCGGGAGCGGUGAAGAUGAACACACGCUGUCCUCCGAAGCGUGUGCCGUCAGCCGACUGCUUCUUUUCACACUGCAGACCCACCAUGCAGCCACCUCAGAGCUACAGCGUCGGAGGACAACGCAGCUCUGGGCAGCUUACAGGCAAGCCCGCAGGCGCCCGGCCAGCCUACAGGGGUCGCUGAUACGUGGUGAGCCCUCCCCACCCGGGCGACGCUCGGCCAAUGGUGCACUGCCCCUUGGGAACUCUCGUCCACUGUCGGCAGUGGAAUAGCCUGGACUCGAACCGGUGCCCUCCAGGCUAUAGGGUGUGUCCUGCACUCCACGUGGAACGAUUUUACCAGAUGCGCCACUCGGGAGCCCAACAUGUAAAUCUUUUUACACGGUAUAUGCAAGUACACAAUUGUAUCAGAAAAUGGUUAGGAUUAGGGUUAUAUUGUGCAAAAAGAUGUACACAUUAAGUGCAUUGUAACUAUGCAUAAUAGCAUUGUAAUUAUGUGUAAGUACACAGGUAUAUACGAAGUAACUGCUAUGUAAAUACACAGUAAUUAGAGACACUUAAUUUACAGUGUGACCAAAAAAAUAAUAACAAGCUUCAAGCUUCAGGCAAUAACAGAAGGAAACCAGUUAACACAUUGAUAAAGCUGUCCUGUGCUCUGGCAAAUAUUCUGUGAUUCAAGUCUUUAUCUAGGUCAUUCUUGUAGAAUUAUCCAUGCAGCCGUGAUGAAGCGGGGUUGGAAGUGACCUGCUAUAUACAGGUUCCAAGUUUUUUUCUUCCAUCACAGGAAGCAAAGCUUUUUUGUUGUAUAUUAAAUUAGCCCCCAGGGCCCUGAUGUAAGUCUAUAUGCUACAUUCACUGUGAGGAACUAAGCUGGAUUGGUGCCUUGGCAAAGAUUGUUGUACAGCUUGCAUAGCACAAAAGCAUAUUGCAAAACAAAAUCCUAGAUUUCUUCUUGUUCGUUUUUUUUUUUUUUUUUUUUUGGCCAUGUGUUAUUAAGGCAUGGUGCCACUAUUGUUAAAGAUACUGCAAGCUAAAAUAUUUUAAGAUAAACCUCUCCCACAAGGCUCGACUUUUUACUUUUACUGUUUUAUUUGUCUUUAACCGAAAUUUGUGUUUUGAUUUGGAGGGUUUAAAUUAAAACAAAAACAAACAAACAAACAAACAAGAAAAUGGCUUGUAACCAGGAGGUCCCCGGUUCAAAUCCCACCUCAGCCACUGACUCAUUGUGUGACCCUGAGCAAGUCACUUAACCUCCUUGUGCUCCGUCUUUCGGGUGAGAUGUAGUUGUAAGUGACUCUGCAGCUGAUGCAUAGUUCACACACCCUAGUCUCUGUAAGUCGCCUUGGAUAAAGGCGUCUGCUAAAUAAACAAAUAAUAAUAAUAAUCAUAUUUAGAGUUUUGUUGAUUUAUUUGUGUAUAUUUUUUUAAUUGAAAAUAUUGCUUGCUUUUCAAUCAAAAAGAAAAAUACAGGCUAACUUCACUAAAACGAACCCCCCUGGGACAUGGAGAAAUGUUCGUUACAUUAGGGUGUUCACUAUAAUUGGGUUUGGCAUUUUUCUGUAUCAGAAUAAUGACAAAAACGGCAACUUUGAAUUGAACAUCAAUAUAUAGUACUUUUAUGAAGAUUCUUUUACACUGACCAAAAUGUAAACGGUAUUGUGACAAGGUACUCAUGUCACAUGUGCGCGCAGGAUUUAUUAAAACAGAAAGUAAACAAACGGGUCAUGUGACGCUACCAACGAUGGUAACGCACAGAGGACAUAAAAAAGACAGGCAGGCAGCAAUCGAGCGCCCGUCUGUAAACAAUCAUUUGAUCAAACAGAACAACUCCAAAAAGCACACAAAACAAACCUGUUUCCACAUAUAAAUGGUGAAUACAGUAAUUAUGUCCUUUCUCUUGAAUAACCUGUCCAGCGUAUAUUGCUCCUCACGCCCGUUGCCUGGUUGCAGUUUGUGUGAAGAUGACGGCCAGGCAACGAUUGCAUUCGUCAUGCAUGAUUCAUACUACAAUAGAUCAUCUUUGAAUUAGCGUUAUCUUUGAAUUAGUCAACCAUGGUCUUUGUUUUCACUGAGACAAUAACACACUUGACACGAGAAAGUUCAGUGUUAGUCAGUACUGAGAUCGUUGUAUCCCGGUCGAUCCUGUACGUGAUCGUUCUAAUAGGGCUAAUUUGCAUUGAAAAAAAUCGGUUCUUGCUGUUGGGAUCGUUAAAAACGGGUGUUCGUUAUAAUAAGGGUUCGUUAUAGUGAAGUUAGCCUGUAUAUAUUUUAUUUUAUAAAUUUAAAAAAAGUAUAUGAUUGCUUAAAACUUUGAGCAAAUUAUGUGCCAGGUUAAUUUUAAGUUUAAGAAAUAUAUAUUAAAACCACAUAAUUUAUAUAAAAAAUACUGUUCUGUUACAUAGCUGUAUAUAACAUCUAUAGAAUUAUAUAUGAAAAGUGAGAUAUGAAGAGAGAUGGUUGAGCAAGCCGCUGCCUUUAUAAUGAUACAUUAUAAAUAUUAUGUUUGUAUUUUAUUUAAUGAAAAGGCUGUUAAAUAUAGUUUUGUUGUCAGCAGAUUUAAAAAUGAAUAUUAUAUGUAUUCCAUAUUUAUAUUUAGUAUGCAUACAUGAAUGUACAUAGUUAUGUGCACGCUAUGGCUUGAGAAAGAUUUCUCUAACUCACUAACGAAAUGAAAUCCACAGAUAUAACUAAUACUAAUUCCUAGUGCAGGAAAAGAGAAACACUUCUCAAGAUAUCUCCGUUUUAAGGGAACAAAACUUGUUUGAAUCAGAGCUACUGAGUUGUUUCAGUACAGCAACAAUCACACAUUUCUCUUGUACUAAAACUGUUCAGUUUCAUAUAAGAAAAUAAACAAACUCAUCAAAAAAGAGGGCAAUGUUUGCUUCCGGUUUACAUUGCUUAGUACUAUUGCAGAAACUGGGUGAUUGUCAUCUGUCUGUUAUCAUAAUCUUUGGAGCGAUUUGUUUAAAAAAAGACUAAAGAAAAAUGAUCCCUCUGUCUAGUUUCCCCCCUUGUCAGUUGCUCCAUGUGUUCAGGAUUCUUGUACCUGCCAGUCUAUAGACCCUGAGGUCUGGUUACUUACUCUUUUUGCAUUUUUAAUAUGUAGGUAAACCCCACUUGAAAUCUACUGCUUGGAACCCAUUUAAAUUGUGGAUAGGGUUAGGGUUAGGGUUGGGGUUAGAGUAAGGGUUAGGGCUAGGAUUAAUGACACAUUUACAUUGUGGAUAGGGUUAGGGUUGGGGAUAGAGUAAGGGUUAGGGCUAGGAUUAAUGACACAUUUACAUUGUGGAUAGGGUUAGAGAGACCCCAUCUCUCUCUCUCUCUCAUCCUCAUCUCCCACAAAAGAUUACACAGAUGAAAAAUACAGACCUAGCUAACUCAGAUAGCAAUCCUCUUUGCAGUAUUGUAUUAUUGUGACUCCCCCACUCACUGAGUGGCUUUUCACAGUCCAAGGUUAUUUCAUCUUUGGGUUCAGGACGCUGUGACAGACCUUGUCUUUUAUAUGACAGUCAUGUGAUAUGUCUUUGAUUACCUAUAAGGUCAGGAACCGGAUCUCAGCCACAAACAAUAAAAAGGUGCAUUAAAGGUACUUGGAACAAGCAUGAUCUGUGGGGCUGUGAAGGUUAUUAGCAUGAAGAGUCAAUCUGACUUUGUGAUAACACCGAUACAGCCAACGCCAGCUUGAACGCUUCGGCGUUAGUUUGCCAGGGUAAACCGGGUACACAGCACAGCAAAGGUUGAUUUGUGUUAUUACGUUAUUGGCUUUAUACACACAGCUUGUAAUAGCAAUACACACUGUAAACAAUGAAGUUUCCACUUAGAAAUAUCUUGGGAUCUGUUAAGCACAUGUGAUGUCAGUUCAAAAUGCUUAAAUAGCACAGUCGCUGUGUGUGAAGUCACUUGCUGCUUCUCUGUGUGUGGAAUGCUGUUGAGUCCUGGCACUGCACAGUGUCUUGUGUGCUGGACAAGGACUCCUCGGAUCACAUGGCGCGUUCCUCAAACUAACAGCAAGGAGCCAGGCGACUGUAACCCGUGCCUGGGCCAAGCUGCUCAGCCAGCUUUCAAGUACAAAGGGUUUUGCUCUUAGUUCUCAAUCUUUCUUAACUAAUUUCAUAAUCAGGAAAAUUAGAGAAAAGCCUGGUUGUGAGUUUAGUUCAAGUGCUCAUUAAAACAACAUCUGCCAUUUAUACAGUAGAAGGUACUUUGGUAUUGGGAGAGACAAUUAACAUGUGGGUGCCACAUUCUUCUUCUUCUUCUUCUUCUUCUUCUUCUUCUUCUUCUUCUUCUUCUUCUUCUUCUUCUUCUUCUUAUUAUUAUUUUAGCAGAACUCGUCUGCAAAACAGAACCUACUGGUCAGCCAAUGUAGUCCUCUUUUUUGGCUCAACAAUAGUCAUAUAAUAAUAAUAAUAAUAAUAAUAAUAAUAAUAAUAAUAAUAAUAAUAAUGUAACCACAUAUUACACAGUGAGAGGGUACUUAAAGUAAAGUGUUACCAUAAUAAUAACAGUAACGUAUUAACAAAAAGCCAGAGUCUCCGUCUAUAUUCUUUCACCACAGUGAUGAUUUUACAGGUUUGAAAAGUUUUUAAAAGAAUUUUUCAAACGCACGAGUACACAAACACCUUGCUGAGGCCACGUGUGUUCAAACCCUUCUCACGCGUGUGAUACGGGCGCCACUCCCGACCACAGGCAUGAUGGGACCAUCUUAAUAAGAGGCAAACCAAGCUUAAGGGGAAACCGUUGUGGAUACCCCCGCUGAGAAAAAGACUGUUUUCUUUAAGGGGGUUACUUCUUAUGUCAUUUUAUACACUGUGCUUUAAUGUUUAGAACUUUUUUGCACUAGUUCUAAAAACUUUUUUUUUUUUUUUUCGGAGAUGGUUUAAAAAACUGUGCUAUAUAAUUCAGUUGUAUAACAAAUAUUAUAUCAUAUCUGUGUUUCUAGUCUUUACCUGUAUCUGUAAUGUUUUCUGUUUCUGUUGUAUUUUGGGCAGAACAGCCGCUGCUCAAUGUUUAACCCUAAUAAAGAAACACAAGCA